AACUAAUCACAGAUUGAACAAUCUCUGAUAGACUUCUAGACAACUUCGCGUGUUGCUAAUGACAAAUUUGCGUCAGAAAAUAGCAAACACACUAUUAUGUUGGCUUCUCGAGAUAAUUUUUGCUGAAAACCUGGAAAUUUCGUCGAAAAGCCCUGCGCCACGUUGUACGGAUUUAAAAGCGAGACGAUUCUUUUCUGGUGGUAACCUACGAAACAUGCGCUCCGCACGACCUUUACAUGUGACGCUCUGAAGAGAAUGAGUCUUACUAUAGUUCAGCUUAAAGAUAGAAUCGAGUAAUAUCUUGUGGGGGAAAUGUAUAUUAAGCUUUUCAGAGGGAUCAAAACGUUAGAGAAUAUUAUCACACUAAGACUGAAAAGAGGGCUUUCUGUGUCACGAAAGAAUAUUUUGUCCAUCAACAGUUUAUAUUUUUGUCAGCGGGGGUUCGGAAAUAUACUCACGAUUGACGUUCCCCACGUCAAUGUUCAAGAACCGUAAACUUGUCCCAGACACUUGACGCAUAAUUAAUAUUGUCCUCUUUCCACAGAGAAAACUGUCAUUGGACGAUCUGUUGUCUAAUAUAAUUUAUUCGUCCAGCUUCCACUACAUAAGAAGUAGCUUGACUAAUCUGAGUCGCAUUUGCCUUGCAAAAGUCCUUUACUUCAGAUAGCAAGCAACCAUGGUAGGUUGGGGUUACGAAAAAGAGAAUGGUAAGUUAAACACUUUGGCGAUCAUAACAAUUUUGUUUCGUGUUUGCAAAAAACAAACGUUCUCCACGUAGGAGGUGAUAAAGUUGCAGCGCGAGCCAAGUAAUUGUGAAUUUUAUUUCCUUCUAGCUUCCGAUCCUACGUAAAUAAACACAAUUUCAAAUUUUUCGUCGACAGGUCCCGCACACUGGCACAAAGAUUGUCCGAUAGCUAAUGGUAAGAAUCAAUCGCCGAUCGAUUUAAUCACCGGUGAAGCGAAGUACGACUCCGGUCUGAAGCCCCUGACAGCGAAGUAUACUCCGUUUAGUGACGCAAAGUUUUUGAACAACGGCCAUUCGGUGCAGUUCCAACCGAGUCCUGGAAAUCCAUCAGGUAAACAAUCAUCCAUUAACAUAUGUACAUGGGUAAAUUUCUGUUUGAACAUGGAACAAGCUAAUUUGCAAACCACAAAGCAGAAAACAAAGCGGCUCUCAUUUUCGAGAGACAGGAAGACUGAUGCAGAUGGCAAAAUUGACGGCUUUAGGCAUCGGAUUAAAAGAUAGAAAGGAAAACUUCGUCUUAACUUUGGAUCCUUCUCAAUUAAAGCCGGGAGUGUGUUUUUAUUUGUCUAGUCUCCCUAAGAAUAUUGCACUUGAGUCGUUCUUCUGUGUGAAUUUUCUUUCUUCAAAAAAACAACCCAGAAUAUUUUUUCAAGCAUUCGUUAUUUUCUACCUAGAGAAAUAUUUUUGUGAGUUAGUUCGCAUCUGUCAAACGAGGAGAGGAUCCGUGCGUGAUUGGUAUUGAUGAAAAUGCCUUGAGCUCGUUAGGUACUUUUUUGCGACCGUCCUGGCAGUGUGUGAUGAAAGCCGACGCGUAUUAUUUAUUUGGUCACACCCCAAGCACACCCAUGUCUCGAUUCCGUCUCGUCCCAAUCCAACCGUUGUUAUGUUUUAAGCGAUAGUGUCGUCCCAAAAACUUACCUCGUUAUUUCCCCGCACGAAAAAAGGCAAUUGGCAGCGAUAAGGAAAUGUCUGAACGCACCAACCAUCGAAUGAAUUUAAAUUAAGAACAAUAAUAACGGUCCUUAAACGCUUCAUAUUGCAUAUAAUUACUUAAGCAUAUUUAUUCACGAAACAAGGAAUACUUCAGACGCACAAUAUGUCUUACGUAAUUGCACUCUUGCACAAAAAAUUAAUGACAAAAGCUUUCUUACAUCUCGAACAGAGCAAAUAUUGGAAUCACUGUCAGGAAGCACUCGAUUAGCCUAUUUAUGAGCUUAUGGUAAUUUUUGGCUCCGAACAAAUAUCAAACAAACAGUUCAAACGACGUAGUUUUUUCUCUUCAGACCCUCGAUAGUAUAUAGUUCACCAAGGCUCGUUUUGAGUACCCAAUACAGUAAUUUGUUCUGGAUGGUGACACUGAGACGACGCCAACUUCAAUUAAAACAGUUCGCUUCAAUUCACAAACCCGUAGAAAUGAAAGGAGGGUUGUUUUGUUUCUAGAGUGGUCAACAAAGAAAAAAAGCAAUAAAUAAUAUUACCAUAAAUUAUUACAUGUAAUGUUUUAUUCAUCAUUAGUCUUAGAGAGGCAACGUGUUUCUCAGUUAUGUAAUAUUCCUGCACCUGAUGUUCACAUGUUAAAAUAUUUUCUUUUCUUCUUCUACUUCUUUUUUUUUCCAACUGCAAGCAUUAAAACACAAAAUAAAAGAAAAUGAGAAUUGUAUUUUAGGAUUGUAUCGGAUAAGUAUUAUCUAGCCGCCUAAUUCAUUAAGACUUCUCAAAAUACAAUGUUUAUUUAUCAUUAGUUGUAUAGAGGCAACGUGUUGUUCACUUAUGUAAUAUUCCUGCACCUGAUGUUCACAUGUUAAAAUAUUUUCUUUUCUUCUUCUUCCUUUUUUUUUAAUUUUAAUUUUUUUUUUUUAUUUUUUUCCUGCAAGCAUUAAAACACAAAAUGAAAGCAAAAAAAAAUAUUGAAAUGCUACCAUGUCUUGUUCACUGCGACACAGAAAACAGAUUUGUACUGUUGGAAUUGUGUUUUAGGAUUGUAUUGGAUGAGUAUUAUUUAGCUGCUUAAUUCAUUUAAACUUUUCAAAAUAUACUUAAUUACACUGCUCUAAUAUCACUGAGUUGCCAUGGCAUUUGUCCAAAGUUAAUAUUAGUUUUAACACUUUUUGGCAUCAGAACUAACUGGAGGAAUGUUGACUGCAAAGUACAACUUUGAGCAAUUUCAUUUUCACUGGGGUGGCAAUGAUGCUGAGGGUUCAGAACACAGAGUAGAUGGAAAGAUGUACCCAGCCGAGGUAAAAGAAAUGUAGUAAACUUACGGACCCUGAGGUGAAAUUUUGAUAAUUUUUCAUCACAUAAGUGUCAGAACAUUUUUUUGUUUUUGUUUUUUCAUUUUACCUGUAAAAAUAUCAAUAAUUACACAACCUUUUGCACCCUUGUAUUCCCCGUCAGCUGUAUACUGAACUAUAAGGCUUUUAGAGUAUUGAAGGAAUAUUACUUCCAUUUUCUUGUCACAUAAUCUGAGUUAGCUGUUGCUUCUUAUGUGUUAUAAAAUCAUAUAAAAUUGGAAAAAAUAACUUUAGUUAACACCUGCACAAGUAAGGUACAGCAGUUGGACAAUCCCAUGUCCACAACAUAUUUCUACGUGACUGGACAGUGUUGAAAAAAUUUGUCUGUGGGGGAGAUGGUGGGGAAGGGAAGACUCCCUCUUUUGGUCUCAACAGGUACUGGUAUUUGACUCCCAACAGGAAUUAGUCCUUGGGGUGUAAAAUUUCACUAUUUUGAAAUUUCUCAACUCUCUGAAUUUCCUUGAAGGGAAUUAGAACACUGAUGGUCUUAAUUUUCAUGACUAAAAAUCUUUUUCUUUGAAUUAAAACCUUAAACAUUUUGCCUUAACAUUUUAGCAGUGGCCUUAGGUCAUUAUCACCCCCUCCCCUCCCACAACUGUCUUUCAAAUACAAAGUAUACUCCUUUGUUUGUUUUAUCUUUCUUUUGCAGUUACAUUUUGUUCACUGGAAUUCAACUUGUCCCAGUUUCAAGGAUGCUGUUGGCUCCGGUGGCCCAAAUGGUUUAUGUGUGUUAGGAUUCUUCUUGAAGGUACUUUUUUUCAGUGUUCUCAAUUUGGAAUGGUGUUCUGACUGCAUCAGAAAAUUUAUCUUAAGUUGGUGUUGCCCUUUGUAGGUUGGAGCAGAAAAUGCAGCCCUGAAACCAAUCAUAGACUUACUUCCUCAUGUGAAAGAUCCCGUAAGUAUUCUGACCUUCUAAAACUUUCUGUUCUUAACCUUUGGCCCCUAAGAGUAACUAGCAUGUAGUUCCUUCUUACAAUAUUACCCCAGAAACACACCUAAAGGUCACAAAACUACAGGAAAUCAUCACCAACUAAAGAAGCUCUCAACUGUUAUACAAAUUCUCCUUGGAAAUGCAUAAAGAAUAGUAUGGGGAAUUUGCUUUCUGAUGUUCAGGUGUAAAAAGGUUAAGUUUUAGGUUUUAUUUCUGCUCCUUUCUUGAGUUUGGUCUUUGAUUGUUCUGAGAAGGGGGUGAGUGUAGGCAUAUUUCCUGAAUAGUGGCUAGUAAUCAUGUCUAGUUAAGUUUAUGCUCAUCAUCUAGAUACAGUAAGCUAUUUUAGAGAGAAAAAUAAACUGAUUUAAAACAUUCUUUUAGGGAACCUCUGUCACAGUGCCUGGGAAGUAUGAUAUGCAGGCUAUUUUGCCAGCAAGUAAGUCCUGAUUCUUAAUCUCACAAAUUUUAGUCACUUAUUCCCGUUAAAACAUUUGAUUUUUAUAUUAAUACAACCUAACACAUUCAUUAUUUUGCAGCCCUCACAGAUUAUUAUACCUACGAUGGUUCCCUUACCACUCCCCCUCUGGCUGAAUGCGUCAAAUGGAUUGUAUUUAAGAAACCUCUUGAAGUGUCUAAAGCCCAGGUAUGUACCAUUCAUUCUUCAGAUUCUAUGAAAAGAAAAAAAAAGUAUUUUAAAUUGUUCAUGUAAUCAGGUUAUGUUAACUAUCAGAUCAAUGUAUCGCAUCAUUCAAACAAUUGGUGGCCUUGUUUAGCUUAUCAAUUAAUCCUGAGCUGUUCAUGGGCCAAUAAAAAAUUUGGUUUGUCAAAUUGAUGGUUAGUGGCUUAUCAGCUGAUUUUCAGUGAUGUCUUGACAUCCUGAUAACAGGCAGAAGGCAGACAUCUCAACUGAUAUAAAGACAAACUAUUGUAAGCUUUAGUGCUGGCCUUCUAUUGGUGGAAAUUUGACUGACUAUCACUGAACAUAUCAACCUCUAGUUCAAAUGAUUCAUUUAUGGUCAAAUGUUUAAGUAUGUGAGUAUGUCAGCCAAACCUUGGACAUAAAGACAUUCAACUUCCCUCUGAAAAAGGGAACAGUAAUUUUAAAACAAUCAAAAUGACUAAUGUAGGUGAAGACCAAUAUAAUGUGGGGAAACCCGCAUCAGUGGAUACUUAGGGGACUGUUGCCAGUGUCUUCUUAAUGUAGGGUUUCCACUAAAAAAUUUUCUGGGAAAUUAUCCAGUGUGUAUAGUACAUAUGAGCAUACCUGGUUGAAAAAAAGGCCAGCAUAUGAAAGGAUACUGGUACUGGUAAAUCCAUGAUCAAUGUAAAUAAAUUGAUUGAUAAAAAGGAGAUGGAAACUAAUUUCUUUUGUUGCUCCCUGAAGGAAAAUAAAAAAUAUCUAGGCAGCUUGAGCAGUUUUUUACAUUUAUCUCUUGUAUUCCUUUAUUAGAUGGAAGCAUUCAGAUCCGUGAUGAAUCGUGAUGGAAAGCCAAUGGUUGGAAAUUAUCGCCCACCUUGUCCCUUACAUGAGCGUGCAGUCAAGACUUCUUUUAAGUAAAAGACCCAGCCUAGCUGGGCAGUGUGUCUGAGUGCUAAGAGUAUUAAUGUAAUAAUGUAGGAAUAGUUUUUGGGAAUCCAUGACAUUCAUUAGCACAAAUGGGUCAAAGGAUGACAUUUUCUUUUUUUCUUAGCAUUCCAUGAAAUACAUGUAUUAUUCUGUAGUGCAGUUAAUUUUCAUUGGAAAACUCAAAUACAUAGGCUGUUGUAGGAAUUCAAAACUGCAUGUUAAACUGUGCUUAUUUUUUGUUUUUGGCUUGGACUAGACUAAUUUAUUAGUGUGAGUGAUUUAUUUAUAGUGCAGGAACAAAUAAAGCCAUUGUUUGAAAUAAUUUUUGUCAGUGACUGAUUUUCCAUGUUUAGUUUUUAACUUGUGGAACUGGGAGGAAUGACCUAAAAUGCAAAGAAAGAAAACAUCAACACAAAGGUAUUGUUUGAUUCAACACCAUAGUUGCAGUGCCAAAUUGGAAGGAAAUGUGUGAAAGAUGGUGCAGAGAAUUGAAAUUUAGAUCAAGGGAGUGGAAGAGUACAACCAUUAAAUCCUUAACCCUGUAAUUCCUAAGAGUGACAGGCAUCCAAUUUCCCCUUACCAUAUCACAGCUGAAUCAAACAUAAAGGUCAGGAGAAUAAAGGAGCUGAUCACCAACAAGAGAAGCUCUUGAUUUUUUGACAAAUUCUCUGUCAGCAUUUUAGGAAAUGUUUAGAGAACAGUAUGGAGAAUAUCCAUACUUAUUUUUGGGUGUAAAGGGUUAAGAAUGACUAGCAUCUAUUUACUCCCCAUGGUAAGGUUACUAAAUCAAACACUCUGGUCAUUAGAUUAAAGGAAAUGAUCACCAUUUCAAUCUUGAAGUUCUUGACUGUCAAACAAAUUCUCCUAGUCAGUACCACAGCAAAUAUAUAUAGAGAACAAAUAUAUAUAGAGAACAUACACUGAAGUCGGGGUGUGAAGGAUUCAGUAUCAGACUUGCUUUAUGACUUUAACAAGUAAAAGUUACCUUGGAACAUUAAUAAGAAUAGUUUUAAACUAAGGUUAGCUCCUAUUGAUGAGCUUAAAUUCUUUAGCCUCCAAUUAAUCAUUCCCUAUUUCAAUGAUGCCCGGAAUAUGUUUAACGAUGACUUAGGUUAUCAUGUUAUAGGUUUUCUUUAAAAAUCAGUUGAAUCAAAACAACGAUGGCCAAAAAUAAUGUGAAAAAUCCUAAAGGUUUCUUUUUUCUUUUUUGGGAGCUUUGAAAAAAUAGGGUGAGCAGAAAAUGGAACGUACCCGAAAAAGCCACACCUGUACUUGGCAGUGCCUGUCACAGACUGAUGAAAGCGAGUAACAUCGUUCUUGUGACUUUACAGUAUCUUGUCCAAACACGGUUAUACUUUCCAGCCUCAUGGUUUCUUGCUCCGUUACCUACGUUGGCUGUGUACAGCCGCCACCGCCCGCCUCCCUUCCUUCUACUUUCUACCCUUGCAUAUAUUUUCUUUUGAGGGUAGGGGGCAGUUUUACAGCAACUGUAGAUCCUCGUCGAGGG